AUGUUUGGUGAUUAUGGAACGUUUUUACCUGUUCAGGUGCGGCACCCUUCUACAAGCUCUUGCCCAACACUUCAAGCUUGCGCUGCCUCGAAGCCUCCUUUCGAAAAGAGUUAUGGAAAAUACGAUACUGGACAUGAUACAAAUGAAACUGGUGAGGCAACCACAAAAUCCAAGACAUCCUAUGAUGAGCUGGCUGAUCUGGAUGAUAGUUUGGCGGAAUUCACUCUAUAUGAAGCCAAAACUCUGAGACAAUCAGCUGAUCGAUUGAAGACUGCUGGGGAUGGAGUUGAGGUCACUGAGAUCUACCUCCAUGCAGGCUUGAAAUUUUUGAAAAGUGCCUACUUGCUCGAGUGCCGCACGAUUCCAGGAUUAAGAAGACCAAAGGGUACUCCUGAUGCAUUUCAUUGCUACAUUGAUGCAGCAAAGCUCUUCAGGUACUGUGCAGAAACUAGUGAGAAAAGUGGAAAGAUUGAAAUAGCUGUACUUUCAUACAAGUGCAUGGAAGUGACACACUUGAGAGUUGCUUUUGGCCUGAAGAAUAUCUGUUCAACGAGCAAAAGUCUGAUUUAUGAGAAAGACAUCAAGAUGUCAUCACAUCUCAAACCAACGAAUGAUACUGUAUCUCAUCUAAGGCAGCUUCUCAGCAUUUCAGAGCAUACUGCCUCUGCAAUGAAUGCAUCCAAGAGAUACCGUGCUUUGGAACUUGCUAUUCGACACCACUCUUGCACCGAGGGAUACAGAGCUGAGAGCUUGUCAUCAGUGAAAAAAGCCCUUGAUUUUAGUUUCUACAAUGUGGAAGAGUUUGUUCGCCUCAUCACAUUAUCACUGAAGGAUGUAGGGAUGUAG